CGUAACCACGAGUGGCUCGCUCGCAUCUCCCCUUCUCCCCCCAUCCCCUCAAUAAUACCGGGCCCCCUUGUCCCCCCUCCAGUCCUUGUAUUUAUAUGGCUUCCGCAUAUCCGGCAUAUGCUCGUCCUCACGCCUACAUUCGCAUGCCUGACCGACCAUCAUACCCACCCUCUGAACAUGGCGGCGGCAGCACAAGCCCAGAGUCACGGAACGACACUCGUGUAGACAUCCCCCUCGCGCGCACACCGAGCCCAACGCCCAGCGAGGCGCGCGAACUGCAGGUCGGCGUGUUUGACUGGAAGACUAUCUCGAAGUGGAGAUUCUGGAUACGGAGAGAGUGGUUGUGGCACUAUGUGGCACUUGUUAUCAUCAUGGUUGUAUUCGCCCUCAUCACGAUCUACCACGACCAAAUCGUCGACUGGCUGAAGCCGCUUGCGGAGUACCUGCGUGACGAGAUAACCGUCGGAUGGCUUAUCCCCAUCGGCAUUCUCUUCAUCCUAUCCUUCCCACCGCUCUUUGGCCAUGAAAUCGUCGCCGUUUUGUGCGGGCUGGUCUGGGGAUUAUGGGUCGGCUUCGGCAUCGUUGCAGCUGGUACCUUCCUAGGCGAGGUCGGCAACUACUACGCAUUCAAGUACUGCUGUCGUGCCCGAGGCGAGAAGAUCGAGCGCAAUAACAUUUCCUAUGCCUGUCUCGCAAAGGUCGUCCGCGAUGGCGGUUUCAAGAUUGCGCUCAUCGCGCGCCUGAGCGCUAUUCCUGGUCACUUUACCACCGCGGUCUUCUCGACCUGUGGUAUGGGGAUCCUGGUCUUCUCCCUUGCCGCGAUCCUUUCCAUGCCGAAACAAAUGAUCACUGUCUAUCUGGGUGUGAUCCUCAAGCAGGAGUCUGAAGGGACGCAGACGAAGGAAUCGAAGAUCAUCAGCGACGUUGUCUUGGGAGUCUCGCUGGCUUUGACAUUCUUGGCGAUGUGGUACAUCUAUCAUAGAAUGGGCAAGGUAAAACCGGAGAUUAUCUACGCUCGUCGCAAGGCUAGGCAGGAGAAGAUGUUGCGCGCCGCGUCGGAUGACAGGCCGUAUAGUGUCACGCCGCCCAACAACAGUAGCGGCAGCACUAUCUCUCUCGACGACCCGAGCGGUAUACCUCUCACGAGGCCCCUCGCGCAAGGCUAUGCAGCCAAUUCAACGCCGAGCAUCCCCAUCGCCGCGCCGCAGCCAUAUCAUCAAUACGGCAACGUGAACGGCUCUGCUAUCUCUCGCGAGCGUAUCCCGACCUACAGACAAGACAGCAGUGGCGGCGCUGCCUACGACUCGUACGGUUACCGCCGGACCGGUCCGCGGGAGAGCAUGGACAACGUUGCGUGGGACAUGGGCGUGCGCAGACAAGACGCGUUCGACCCGCGCACGCGAAAUGACACUUCGGCGAACGCCUCCAUGUACACCUCGUCGAACGCGGACCUCCAUCACAGGCAUCCGACGUCGUCUGCGCGCGGCACGCCGGAGAUGGCGCAGACGCCGACGCAGCCGUUGUCAUCGCCGUACCAGGCCGGGGGCGCGUCCCUGUACUCCGCGCCAUCCCGGCGUACGGGGUCCCCCGACCAGCUAACCUCACCGUACGAGGAUCCGGCGGCCAGGCAGCGCUCCAGGUCGCGGCAACGGACGCUUGAGUCGAACUCAGAAGCGCCCGAUUCACCGUUUGCUGACCCGACGCCGUAUCGCGGAAAUGAGCUGGCGCAUGCGCAGGAGGAGGCUUACGGCGGGAGCGGGGAGUCGUACACUGGGCCGUACCCGGCGUUCCACGGUCACAACGGUCCGAGUCGUGCAGCGCGCGAGGCCGCGCGGUCCCCGCCGCCGCCCACUUACUCCUACGCUGCCGGACGAUAGUAGGCGUUUGUGCCGGUGUAGCGUAGCGUUGGUCGAGGCCGUUGCCGACGGUCGCUGGCUGGAACACCAUGUUGACAACUCCCACCACCACAGCCCAGUCUUGACCUGUAUCUCAUGCCCGUAACUUACAGUCUACAGUAUAUAUCUCGGACGGAUAAGCACCUCCGCUGCACUGACACCGCGUGUCCCCAAGUUACCAGACUCUAUUGUCUUCUACGUAUGUAUAGACGCGGCUUUUUUGGUCGUUCGUUGACGGACUUGGCUUGGAAUGAAUAGAUCGGAUUUAUCUAUGAAUGCACGCGAGUCUCCGCCUUGGGGACCAGGCCGCC